UUAUGAAAUGAGCGAUGUACAGUUGUACAUCGAUGUUUUUGGAAACCUUGUUUAUGUGUUUAUUUAUUUUCGUUGAUUUCACGCCUGACUGAAUAUUUCAUAUAUUUACCUAACAUGUGAAAAAGAAUCUUUUUACAACCUUUUUUUCUCACGCAUGUAUGACAGAAUUUUAAAUUCAGUACGUCAGCGUUUAUAAAAAGGUGGUAAAAACUUUAAGAUUUAAAAAGAAAUUGGGAAAGUGUACAAUAGAUCUUGGCAAAAAUAUACACAGGCUGAGCUAAUUGGAUUUGGGAAUUAUAUCCACGACGAGAGGUUUGUGUGAAUAUUGUAGCUGGUAUUUACGAAACACAUUACCGGCCGAUCGUUCAGAGAGAAAUAUACAGUGUACACAUAUACACAUACAGUUUGAAGUUUACCUGACGUAGGUAGAUAUAUACAUACCUAUAGGUAAACGGUGUGUUAAAUAUUUGCUAUCGUUGCGGAUCACUGUGUAUUUGAAAUGUGAGGGAUUUGGUAGCCUUCGUAUAAACUUUGAAGGGAGAUAUAUGUGAGAAUUGAAAAUAAAUGUAUAUUUAGAUAAAUAUGGAGGAAUUAUGGUGAACGUUACACGUAACAUGGACCCCUUGGGAACUCGCUACCUGGUGGUGGAUUACUUGAACUACCGCUUAUCAAAGAACGGUCACACCUGGACACAUUGCCCGUCCCUCUUGGAUCCUCCCCUCAAAAUUCACACCACCAUGAGAGAGAAGGGGGACGAAUUUGAGGAUCUCUACCGAGUCCAGUUUCAGGAACUAGUGGACCAGUUACACGUCACUCACGACACCUGUUACCCCAUGUUUAAGGCAGUCGUGGAGGAACUUUUUCAGGGAGGGAUCAAUUGGGGGCGUAUAGUGGCCCUUUUCGCCUUCAGUGGUUCCCUCUCUACUCGUUGUGUGGAGAAAGGGAUGGCGAGUUUAGUGGAACUUAUUGUGGAAUGGAUGACGCAGUUCAUUGAACAAGAUUUAAGUCAGUGGAUUGAUCAACACGGGGGAUGGCAAGGUUUUGUGGAUUUCUAUUCCAAGAGAGACAGAUCUACGAAUGAAGACACCCCCUGGGUUAAGUACGGAGUAAUAGGUGCAGUAGGAGUACUGGCCCUGGGGGCGUUUAUGACACAAAGGACUUGAAUAAGGACUGUGUUACAGGGACCAAGCCAUCAUGUGCUAGGCCAAGUUCUUCAUGCCCCCAUCUUGCUGCAUUUGGAACAGAGGAAAAAUGCAUUAUCAAAUAUGUGCAUUAUAUGAAUGUUUGAAAUGUUGCAAUUCUUUAAGCCUAGGAAGGGGGGGGGUGAAUUCUCUUGUUAUUCUACAUGAGGGGCCACAUUUCUGAUUCUACAAACGGUAUGAAAUCCAUGUGCUUAUUAUUUUUAUGGAAGAAUGACUGUUGAUGAGUGUUGUGUCUUGUUGGAAAAGAAAAGUGUGGAGUAAUAGGUGUUGUUUUUAUUGUUGAUAUUUUCCAAAUGAUUCAGGAUUUAUGAUUAAAUGUUUGAAGACUGUUGACCUUGAGGGAUGCAUAUAAAUGUGAAACACAAGUCCAUGAAGAUGCUAGAAAUAGAAAUUAUACUGAUUUUUAUACAUUAACUGAGUAUUUGUAUGUACAGCUAUAUAGUUAGAUAAGUCAGUUGCUGUUAAAAA